CCGCGGCGGCGCCUGGUAAAUGCCGGGAGUGAGGCAAGAUGGCCGCGCACCUGUCGUACGGGCGAGUGAACCUGAACGUGCUGCGCGAGGCGUUGCGUCGCGAGCUGCGGGAGUUUCUGGACAAGUGCGCUGGGAGCAAGGCAAUUGUGUGGGAUGAGUACUUAACAGGACCAUUUGGACUGAUUGCCCAGUAUUCCCUACUAAAGGAACAUGAAGUGGAAAAAAUGUUCACACUUAAAGGAAAUCGUUUGCCAGCAGCUGAUGUCAAGAACAUCAUUUUUUUGGUCAGACCCAGGCUAGAAUUGAUGGAUAUAAUUGCUGAGAAUGUGCUCAGUGAAGACAGGCGUGGCCCUACCAGGGAUUUUCAUAUUUUGUUUGUGCCACGCCGGAGCUUGCUGUGUGAGCAACGCUUGAAGGACCUGGGUGUUUUGGGAUCCUUUAUUCAUCGAGAGGAAUACAGUUUGGAUCUCAUUCCAUUUGAUGGGGACCUCUUAUCCAUGGAAUCAGAGGGUGCAUUCAAAGAGUGCUACUUGGAUGGCGACCAGACUAGCCUGUACCAUGCAGCCAAGGGGCUGAUGACCCUGCAGGCACUGUAUGGGACCAUCCCCCACAUCUUUGGGAAAGGAGAGUGCGCUCGGCAAGUGGCCAACAUGAUGGUCAGGAUGAAGAGGGAGUUUACAGGAAGCCAAAACUCAGUGUUUCCCGUGUUCGAUAACCUCCUGCUGCUGGAUCGCAAUGUGGAUCUACUAACGCCGCUUGCCACCCAGCUGACAUACGAAGGACUCAUUGAUGAGAUUUACGGCAUUCAGAAUAGUUAUGUGAAGUUACCACCAGAGAAAUUUGCACCCAAGAAGCAGGGUGGCAGCGGCGGGGAGGACCUUCCCACAGAGGCGAAGAAGCUUCAGCUGAACUCUGCGGAGGAGCUUUACGCUGAGAUCCGAGACAAGAACUUCAAUGCUGUGGGCUCUGUGCUCAGCAAGAAAGCGAAGAUUAUCUCCGCAGCCUUUGAGGAGAGGCACAACGCCAAGACAGUGGGGGAGAUUAAGCAGUUCGUUUCCCAGCUGCCCCACAUGCAGGCCGCCAGGGGCUCCCUCGCCAACCACACCUCAAUUGCAGAAUUAAUCAAAGAUGUCACCACGUCUGAAGACUUCUUUGAUAAGUUAACAGUGGAGCAGGAGUUCAUGUCUGGGAUAGACACUGAUAAGGUCAACAAUUAUAUCGAGGACUGUAUUGCCCAGAAGCAUCCGCUCAUCAAGGUGUUGAGACUGGUUUGCCUUCAGUCUGUGUGCAAUAGUGGGCUCAAGCAGAAGGUUCUGGACUACUACAAAAGGGAAAUUCUCCAGACCUAUGGCUAUGAACACAUACUGACCUUGAACAACCUUGAGAAGGCUGGCCUGCUAAAGGCUCAGACAGGGGGCAGAAACAAUUACCCAACGAUUCGGAAAACAUUACGGCUCUGGAUGGAUGAUGUCAAUGAACAGAACCCCACAGACAUAUCCUAUGUGUACAGUGGUUAUGCGCCACUCAGUGUGCGACUUGCUCAACUCCUUUCCCGGCCAGGCUGGCGGAGCAUCGAGGAAGUUCUCCGAAUUCUCCCAGGGCCCCACUUUGAAGAACGGCAGUCACUGCCCACCGGGCUGCAGAAGAAACGCCAACCAGGAGAAAACAGAGUCACGCUGAUAUUUUUCCUCGGAGGUGUCACCUUUGCUGAAAUUGCUGCCCUGCGCUUUCUCUCCCAGUUGGAAGAUGGAGGCACUGAGUAUGUAAUUGCAACCACUAAACUGAUGAAUGGAAGCAGCUGGGUAGAGGCUCUCAUGGAAAAGCCUUUCUAGGGUGUUGAGAGGAGACUGGACCAGUCAGCACAGAAUAAGUUGUCUCUGUGAAGUCACUGGAAGGAUGCAAAGCCCAGCUAUAGGCUCUUGUCGCUGCUGCAUCCUCCCUCCUGCUCCUCUCUGUUUCGGAUCCUAAAGAAAGGAGGAUCGGCUUGGGUAAAGAGACAUUGAGCUGGGUGUGGUGGCGCAUGCCUAUAACCCCCCACUUAAGAGAGAGACAGAGGCAGGAUUGCUGCAAACUUGAGGCCAGCCUGGACUGCAUAGUGAGUUUCAGACAGAAGCCUCCCUUCCCAAAAUAAGGAGACUCUGAUUUGGAAUUUGUAAGCUUACAGUCUUGAUUAGUAGUUUCUGGAAAUAGUUAAGAAUGUGAGUGGGAACCCUCAACAGCCACACAAAUGUAACUAACAAGCAGAGCCUGGGGUAAAUAUGAAAAAAGAAGUGGCAAGUUGGGCCACUAAUCCACAGUGUUUUCUAGAAGACAUACCCUGCCCAGGAUCGUGUUUUGUGUUGAGGACUAAGCCAGCAUUGUCUGAGUGCCUGCUCUUUCCUGCAGAUAAGAGCACAUUUGUGCCUCCAGUCUCUUCUAGUUUGAUUCCUAAGGCAAGUUUUGUUUCCUUCUGAAAAAAUCGAGAAGCUUGGAGAAGCUUCUUGAUGUAUCGAAGUUUCUGCCCUCUCUGAUUUAGCUGCAGCUAUGCAGGUUCUCUGCCUGUGAAGGACUCUGGUGAAGAUGGAGCUGAUUACUGGGCAGCUUCUGGAAGUUAGCCAUCCAGAGGCACUUGUGACUGCACGGUAACUCCAAGACACACCAGUGUAGAUGUUGCUGCUGGGGCUUCAGUUUUCUUCCAUGUCCAUUGUGGCCCCAGCAUCCAACUGAUCCUAUAAGCAGUGAUAGCUCUUAAGUUUCUUCAUGCCACUCUGUCACCAUGGUAACUGCCAUAUUCAACUCUCUAGUACUCAGGCUGUAUUCAAGUUCACACAUUCCUUUUGCUUGAAAAUACUCAGCCGAUCAGUCCCUGGCCUGGUGACCGCAGCCACUGUGGUCAGCCUUAGUCUCAGCCCAGCAGUGACAGGUGCCACCACUGCUGUAGGGAGUUAACCACUGCUGAGAGCGUGUCGCUGAAGCUGGGAGUUCAUAUGUGUUUCCACCUGCCUCCUUUCUAGGUAUCCAGGGGAGUUAAGGGCGCCCAGCAUGGGACCCAGUUGAUGGCUUUUCUGUCAUCACUCAGAUUUUCAGAAAAAUUAGCCUGUCUCAGCAUUGCCCAGGUCCUAUCCCAGGUGUGGUUUCUAUGGUUAAUUACUUCAUGUAGAAUUAAGAACAAUACAUUGCACUUUAUAUGUGAAAGAAAUUGCAUACUUAAAAAAAAAACAGGAAUAAAAGCUGGCAAAGAUAA